GAUAAAGUCAUGUUAGGACAUGUCAGUUGUCCCGUGAGAGCUUUUGUGCCGAACCCACUAAGGUGUUUCAGAUGCCAAACUUAUGGUCAUGUUUCAACAGUGUGUAGGAGUGCAUAGGACAAUGGAAUGUGUAGUAUCGGUGAAAAAAACGGUGUCAACUGUGGGGGUGCCCAUGUUGCUGGGGAUCAGAAGUCCCUGGUGCAAGAGAGACCGGUUGAGGUUGUCAGGGUCAGAGUAGAACAGAAGGUAUCAUAUGCCGAGGCAGUGACGAGAGUAGUGGAUGAUGGGUCAGGUGUGAGUAGUAGGCCAAUACAUAGUGAUAUGAAUUUGUGCUUUGGUAAGGUUGGCUUCUUAGCGUUCAUUGCCAUGGUUAUCAACUGUGCCACGGUAAUGGCACGUAAAUCACAGAAAAUAGCUGUUGUGGUGGCAGCUGCAGAGAAGUACUUGGGUGUACAAGGUUUUACAGCAAAAGAGACAAGGUGUGUUAAAUGAGUCAUGUCCUCCCCAGGCCGUUGGCCUGUUGUAGGAUCAGUUGGGGUCAAAGUAGUGAAAUAGGAUGGUGUUUAUUCAUUAAAUAAUAUAUAGGUGUACUGUUAGUUGGUGGUGCAUUAAAAUGUACCCCUUUUAAUUUUGUAUCACAAAAUAUAACGUGGUCGACCACACACUCCCGUACAGUAGGUGGCAGCAUGCACAAACAAAAUGUGGAACCCCGUGAUAACAAAGAAGUCCAAGAACCAUUUCCACGUCAGCUUUUUUUAAUUGUUAUUUAUACGUUCAAUAACACAUACUUAAACCAUGUAGUCUGUAAUUCACGUUGGAGACAAGACUUGGUUGAUAUAUGUUAUCUAGGUAAAACUAGCUAGCUGCUAACAAUGGCUGACUGUGUGGGUUUUCACACUCAAAUAGCCUCCAUUAUGGAGGUGCUAGCGAAUACAGCUGUAGCUGAGAUCUGUAAACUCGUAGACGACGACUAUGCAGUGUUUCGUUUGGAAAUAACUCAAAGCCAGAAAGAAAACAGGGUAUUGCGGAGGAAACUACAGCUACUGGAACUGAAGGUGUCACGGGAGCGCGCAGAGAGGACAAUGCGAGAUCGCGUCCUCACCAGUCGUCCCAGUAGUGUCAAGAUCGUCGACAGAUACAGAGUAAUGGCAAGAGGUGAAGGACAUCUCACUGGAGGUCACAGGAGCCUUGUGAAGCCAGCAGGACACAAUACAUGGAUAGAUGACCAACCAAUCACUGUUGAUGAGGGGACUGGAACCUCAACCCAGCACGUUAUCGUGAUAGAAUCUGCAGAUGGAGAAGCUGCAGGUCCUGGGGUCAAGCAGGAGAGGUCUGAAGGAGAGGUGGACCCACGGCACAGCAGAGACAUCCAGACUGGAGUGGCAGGAGAGCCCUCUGUAGCCACGGAGGUCACCGCCCCAGCACCUCCCAGGACCCAACGCAGCAUCACGGAGGAGGAGGAGGGUCCAGAGGUGCUGCUGGUGAAGGAGGAGGGGUGUGAGGAGGGUCUGGGGAACCCUGAGGGGACCAUGGUCGUAGAGGACAACCAGACUACACCUCCUGAACCCACAGAGCAACCAGCUGAGCAGCACAGGACCACACACAGUCUCACUGAGUCAGUAGACAUGGAGGAUGGGAAGCCUGGUCUGCUGCUAGUCAAAAAGGAGACCAUACAAGACAGACCAGAGAGCAUUGAUCUGCUUAGUGGACUAAAGAUGGGGGCGCCAAGUGGUUGGCUGGAGGCUAACAGAGGAGACUGGGCGGCCAUCUUUGAUUCCCAUACCCAGACGGGUGCAGCCAAGGGCCUGGGGGAGGAUAUCACUGAGCAGGCCAGGAUUACUGGUGACAUAGUGGAGGUUAGUGGAUGGGACAGCAUCUUCAACUCUGGGCUGGGGAACAACACUGUUAACCACAACCAGAAACAGACAGUCGAACACAGAACAAUGACCGAACAAAGUCUCCAUGACAACAGACUGGCAGAGACCAGGGCAAGGCGUAGAUUUGAUCUACAGGGACGGGGAGGUGUCCAUAUGCAGCGGGAGAGAACAGACACAGAUUUGGCUAGCUAUGCUCCGUCCUGCUCCUAUAGUUGUAAUUCAGAGAGACUGAUGGUGCCUCAGGUUAACCCCCUAACAGUUGCUGCCUUCAGCCUGCCUUCUAUAGGAUCUAUCAACUGGAACAUGGACCCUACAACAACACAGACACUGCCUGACCUUCGUCCUCCUCUCCUUAUGUUAAACCAGACUUCAGACAAUGUCAGUCCCUCAACAAUAAAUGGCUAUACAAUCCCAUUAACAAAUGACAAUAGUAACACUAUCAGCAGAUCUAAUGGCAAAGAUAAGCGCUUCUCUUGUUCAUUCUGUGGGAAAGCCUUCAGUUUCCCCAAACAGGUGGAGAUCCAUAAGAGGAUGCACACAGGAGAGAAACCAUUUGGCUGUACCCAUUGUCAGAUGCGCUUUGCUGAAGCUUGUCACCUGAAGAGGCACCAGAGGGUCCACACAGGGGAGAAACCUUUCAGCUGCCACCUGUGCCGGGUCAGUUUCUCCCACUCGUCCAGCUUGAAGAGGCACCAGAGGGUCCACACAGGAGAGAAACCUAAUAGCUGCCCCCAGUGUGACAAAAGGUUCUCCCACCAGCACCAUCUGAAGAUGCACUUGAAGGUCCACACGGGAGAGGGGCCAAUCACCUGUACGCAAUGAGUUUCUCAGAGAGGAGCUAUCUCAGGAAAGACCAGCAGAAAAUGCACAUGGCCCAUGUAUAGUAUAACAUGUUAUGUAGUACUAGAUAGUUUGUUUGUAGUUAAUUCUGUUGGUUAUGGAUGUAGUAGGGAACUGGAUGAGGUGAACUGAGGAAAGAAUGAGUAUGAUGAGGCAUGGUUGGUGUGAUGGCAUCUGUAAAAAUGCUUCUCUGAUGAAAGGUGACAACCUUGUCCUGUUAUAAUGCGGAAAUGAUAGUGCCUUAAUUCAUGUUUACUUGACAUGAAGAUGAGUAAUGUAAUGUUGAACCUUUUCCGAAGUAUGCUUUCAAAGCGAGAGUACCAAAUGUACAGGAAGGCAGAGGCUACGAAUAUGGAGUUUUCAUCCCCGCUUAACCCCUCUGGAAAGGUCUUUCUCAAAUCUGAGGAUCCAAAUUACAUUCUGCGCAUGUGUUAUUUACUCAUGUUCACGAUUCUCUAUUUAGUCACCCUCUUCUGGACCCAAAACCAAUUUGAGCGAUAUGAUAAUCUAGCCGGUCUUUGCCUCAUAUGUCUGAACAGCUGCGAUUUGAAUGAACUUUGCAAUUAUAUAGGUUUCAAAUUUAUUUAUAUAGCCCUUCGUACAUCAGCUGAUAUCUCAAAGUGCUGUACAGAAACCCAGCCUAAAACCCCAAACAGCAAGCAAUGCAGGUGUAGAAGCACGGUG